CAAUCCUCCAACUAUCGACGACAUAUUUCCGACAUGUCAUCCACAACAUCCGAUGUUCCUGUACUGCUGCUAAAGACAAAGUCUAUCCCAGCUGAUGGCUAUCAAGACAUUUUUGCUGGCUGGAACAACUACAAUCCGACCUUCCUUCCCGUCCUAGAACACCGCUUCAGAGAGGAUGCACUAGCCUGGCUAAAGACUAUCACCACGGGCAGUGGUUUUAACAAUUCUGAUACCACUGUUGAUGCCGAGUCAAGCUUUGGUGGCAUUAUUUUCACCUCGCAACGUGCAGUCGAGGCCUUUACGUCAAUAGUAGAGUCACUCGAUCCUCCCACUAGGGAUCAACUGCUGCCAGAAGCACUACCACUGUAUGUUGUUGGUCCAGCUACCGCCAGAGGUCUACGGUCUUUGGGUCUGAGAUGUCCAAUUAUUGGAGAAGAAACUGGCAAUGGCGCGGCUCUUGCUGCUUUCAUGCUGGAUCAUUACAACCGCCUUCCUGCAACCCAGACGGUAAGGCAAAACCGCAAGCUUCCUCUCCUGUUCCUGGUAGGAGAAGUACGCAGGGACAUCAUUCCUAAAUCCCUUCAAUCUUCUGAUUUGCUCGAGGAAGCUCGUAUUGGAGUACACGAGGUAGUCAUUUACGAGACUUGCGAGAUGGCAUCUUUUCACAUCGACUUCUCUCGAGCCCUGGGUGAGAAUGUUGCAUCUGGGGCGCAGGAGCAAUGGGUAGUCGUCUUCUCCCCUCAAGGUUGCAAAGCAAUGCUUGAUUGCUUGGGAUGGCUUGACGAGUCUGGUCGCUACAAGUCAGAUGCCACAGACUCAUCAACAAUGACAACAUAUGUUGCAACCAUCGGCCCUACAACACGCGAUUACCUGAUCAAGGAAUUUGGCUUCGAGCCACACGUAUCUGCGGAGAAACCCAGUCCCGAAGGCAUCUAUGCUGCCAUUGAGAACUACAGGACCACGAACGUAACGACGCAAUUGUAAGGCGUUAGAGUGAGCGGAAGCGUGUGACAUGCAGUUUGAAGCCGAAAGAACUGAAACAAGGCUCGGGAGGCUGUCAAAGCAAUGCAUUUCUGACGUGCUUUAGCAUGUACAUAGAUAGAUUAAGCCAUAGUAUGAAGCAAGUCAUUCAAGAUAAAACACGAAAAAA